GGCAGGCAGCCAACUUAUUUCAACUGACUCACGCUAUCAUACUGCAUAAUAUUCAUUUUGCACAUCUUUUUGCCGACAAUUCACAGUUUGCUAAAAGAGUUAACUACCCGUACUUAAUUUGUAGGGGGAGUAGAUCUGGAUAGGAAAGAUAAGAUUGGAUUAAUAAGGACGUUGACUUGACGUUGACGGUCAUCGUCACACGUUCCCCGUCGUCGAAAUGGCGACGACAGACGGGGAGCCAACUUCCAUGGUGGUGGAAUCCUCUGCCCCCACUCCGUCGCUGUCUGACCCCACCGCCAUCGUAGCUUAUAUUCAGCGGGUAGCAUCCAGUCUUUUGGAAGAGGAUGAUUCUUCUUCGUCAUCCGGUGGUUCCAGCCUCGCCUCCGUUUUGCAUGAACAUGCCGACGUGGUUCGUAAAUUUAUCGCGGAUCCCAUGGCUAGGUCACUCUUUGUGCAAAAAAUUUCCAACAAGGAUGAAGAGCGAGAGGACGAAUAUCUUGUAACUCUUGGUGCUGUCUUCACCUCCGUCCGAGCCGUGGGUGUGAUCCUGAUAAAACGGGGGAACUACAUUGAAGGCGACAAAUCAUUCGGCUCUCAGAUUCGUCUUGUCGUCCUCAACGAGGGAUCUCCAUAUGAAACUCUGCACACCUACAUUUCUUCCGGGGUGGCCCCGUUCUUCAAGUCAUACCUUCAGGAGACAGGGAGAUCCGCAGAGUCAAGUAGUGACAAACUCGCCCCCUCCGUGGAGAAGAAAAUGGCCGAGUUGGAAAUGGGGCUGCUCCACCUUCAGCAGAAUAUCGACAUCCCAGAAAUAUCUCUGGCCCUCAAUCCGAUCGUGGCUGCGACAGUGUCGCAAUGCGCAAUGGAGAAUAGACGACCAAAAGUGUCCGAUUUUGGAGAUCGGGUGGAGGACUCGAAAUUUCUGAAUGACUUGCAACAUGGAGUGAAUCGGUGGGUGAAGGAAAUUCAGAAAGUGACCAAGUUGGAUAGAGAUCCGUCGAGUGGAACGACUUUGCAGGAGGUCAGUUUUUGGCUCAAUUUGGAACGUGCUCUCCUCAAGUUGCAGGAAAAGAGGGAGUCGAUCGACGUGGAGUUGACGUUAGAGAUCUUGCGACAUGGAAAGCGAUUUCACGCAACUGUUUCCUUCGACACUGACACCGGAUUAAAACAAGCCCUCGCCACGGUGAACGACUAUUCUCCUCUAAUGAAAGACUUUCCCGUUCACGACUUACUCGCAGCUACCGAUCUGGACAAAGUUAGGACUGCGUUGCAAUAUAUUUUUGGACAUUUGAGGAAGAUACGGAACACAAAGUAUCCAAUUCAGAGAGCGUUGCGACUCGUUGAAGCUAUUUCUAGAGAUUUGGCGACACAGUUGCUCAAAAUUUUGGGAACAAGAAGAUUGAUGAUGGUCCCUUAUGACGAGUUUGAGCGGGUGAUGGCCUCCUGUUUCGAUAUUUUCAACACAUGGGAUGAGGAGUACGAGAAACUUCAAGGAUUACUAAGAGACAUCCUCAAGAAGAAACGGGACGAAAUGAAACUAAUGUGGAGAGUUAACUUUUCUCAUAAAAAAUUACAUAUUCGAAUGGAACAAAUCCGGAAAUUCAGACGACAGCAUGAGCAACUUCGCUCCGUGAUUGAACGAGUUCUUCGUCCCGAUCAGGAAACCAUGGUCGAUGGGAAUGCACACGAGGAAGUCUCCAAUGCCUACUCGCUCCUCGAGCAGGUCGAGGCUCUCGAAAUGUCUAAAGAAGGUCAAGAUGUCUGGGACGGAGCUGUUCGUCGUUAUAAUGAACGGGUUGACACGGUCGAAGCAAAAAUUACAGCUGCUCUACGAGAACAACUCGCCACGGCCAAGUCAGCGAAUGAAAUGUUUCGUAUUUUCGCCAGAUUCAACGCCCUCUUCGUCCGCCCCCAGAUUCGAGGCGCCAUCCGAGAGUACCAAACACAACUCAUUCAACGCGUUAAGGACGAUAUUGAAGCACUCCACGAGAAGUUCAAAACGCAGUAUUCUCUCAGCAAAGCGUACAGGAUGAGUGAACUUCGCGACAUUCCGCCUGUGUCAGGAUCCAUUAUCUGGGCGAAACAGAUUGAUCGUCAACUCACCACUUACUUGAGGAGGGUUGAAGCCAUUCUCGGAUCUGGAUGGGAGAAUCACGUCGAUGGUCAGCGAUUAAAAAGUGACGGAGACAGCUUUCGCCUUAAGCUGAACACGCAACCAAUUUUUGACGAGUGGGUGGCCAAAGUGCAACAGAAGGAUGCAACCGUGACUGGACGGAUUUUCGAUAUUGAGCAAACUCGAGGAAGGACGGGGGCAGGGAAGCAGAUUUUGAGAUUGAAGGUUAAUUUCCUCCCCGAGAUUAUCACACUGUCGAAAGAGGUUCGACACCUAAAGAAUCUUGGCUAUCGUGUCCCAUUGGCCAUCAUGAACAAGGCACAUCAGGCCAACCAAAUGUACCCUUUCGCCAUUUCCCUGAUGGAGAGUGUGAGAACGUAUGAAAGAAGUUGGGAAAAGCUUGUGAACCGGAGUUCAUCGACUUAUACCUCGUACCAGAUUGAAGAUAGAGCAAAUGUGACUCUAUUGGUGGCAGGAAGUCGUCAAGAGGUGCACAUCAUGAUUCAAGAGGGAAUGGCACUCGUCUGGGAGUCGUAUAAAUUGGAUCCAUACGUUAAAAAGUUGUCCGAAGUCGUGUUUCAGUUUGCUGAAAAGGUUGACGAAGUGCUCAGCGUCGAAAUGCAAGUCAGCGUGGACAUUAAACUAUUAGAAAGCUGUGCCUAUUCUGCCAAAACCUUUGGUGAUAUUCUGGCCAAAAUACAAAAGGCUGUCGAUGACCUGUCCCUAAAACAGUACUCCAACCUGACCAAAUGGGUCCAACAUAUUGACACCGAAGUGGAGAAACGGCUCGUCAAGCGGCUCGAGGCUGGAAUCCAAGCCUGGACGAGUUGCUUGGAAGAGCGACGAGUAGAAGUUGAGGAUCCUGAUGACAUGGAGGACAACAAGUUGACCCAUAAACUGGGUGGUGAUCCAGAGUUGGGCGAGCUCAAACUGGAGAUGAGAAUGACUCAACAAACCCUCUGGGUUUACCCCGCUGCGGAAGAAGUGCGUCAGCAACUCCUGCAAAAACUCUUCGCCUGGCAAGCCAUCGCCACGUCUCACCCUCGUAUUCAAAGUUCUCGGUAUCAAGUCGGUCUGGAGAAAGGGUUCGCAAUGAGUUACAAAGACCUGUUGGCAAAACUGCCCAGCAAUUUGGGGACCUUAGCCUCUGCGUAUGAAGCCAUUGAGAAAAAGAUGUUGGAAGUGACCAAUUAUGUAAACGAAUGGCUGUGUUAUCAAUCAUUGUGGGAUUUGCAGCCAGAUCAACUUUACGGAAAGUUGGGAGAAGAUAUGAAUCUCUGGUUGAAGUGUUUGGCUGAUAUUAAACAAACUAGAAGUACUUUUGAUACAGCAGAAAUAAAGCGAACCUUUGGUCCGGUUACUAUCGAGUAUGGCAAAGUACAGAGCAAAGUGUCCUUAAAGUAUGAUUCCUGGCAUAAAGAUGCCCUUGCCAAGUUCUCUGCAUUAUUGUCAUCUCAUAUGAUCAUGUUUCAUACGGAAGUGGCCAAGUCUCGCACCGACCUUGAAAACCAAUCCAUCGAAACUUCCUCCACUUCUGAAGCUGUUGGACUCAUCACCUACGUGCAAAACUUGAAAAAGAAAAUGCUCGAGUGGGAGGAAAAGGUCGGCGUGUAUAAAGAAGGUCAGCGAAUGUUGGAACGUCAACGCUUCCAACUUCCAAAUAACUGGCUCCACAUCGAUUCGGUAGAAGGAGAAUGGAGCUCCUUCUCGGAAAUAUUGAAGCGAAAAGAUUCUUCCAUCCAGACUCAAGUGGCCAGCUUGCAAUCCAAGAUUAUGAGCGAGGAUAAGGCUGUUGAGGUCAGAACAGCGACAUUUUUACAAGAUUGGGAGAAAGAAAAGCCGGUCAAGGCCGAUUUCAAGCCAAUGGAAGCUCUACGACAGUUACUCCUCUUCGAAACGCGGUACACCAAGUUGAAAGAAGAGCGUGGCAAUGUGGCGAGGGCAAAGGAAGCCUUAGAAAUGACGGGCAUUGGAUCCGAAACUGACGACCGUUUCGCAAUCUCUCUCGAAGAACUCCAAGACCUAAAAGGCGUUUGGAGUGAACUUUCCAGAGUUUGGGAGCAGAUCGACCAAGUUAAAGAAACUCCCUGGCUUUCCGUUCAACCGAGGAAAAUCCGAGGGCAAAUAGACGCUUUGUUAACCCAACUGAAAGAUCUUCCAGCCAAAUUGAGACAAUAUGCAUCCUACGAACAUGUGAAGAAACUGAUUCAAGGAUAUGCCAAAGUGAACACGCUCAUCGUCGAAUUGAAAUCCGAAGCUCUGAAGGAACGUCACUGGAAGACACUGAUGAAGUCUCUCCGCGUCAACUGGAAUUUGAACGAGUUGACCCUCGGACAAGUGUGGGACGUUGAUUUGCAAAAGAACGAAAAGACAUUGAGGGAUGUCAUCAUCGUGGCGCAGGGAGAAAUGGCUCUGGAAGAAUUCUUGAAGCAAGUUCGAGAAUCAUGGCAGAAUUAUGAGUUGGAGUUGAUAAAUUAUCAAAAUAAGUGCAAAUUGAUUAAAGGAUGGGACGAUUUAUUUAACAAACUAAAGGAACAUAUCAAUUCCGUCGCAGCGAUGAAGUUGUCGCCUUAUUAUAAGGUCUUUGAAGAGGAGGCGACCUCAUGGGAAGAGAAACUUAACCGCAUCCUGGCCCUAUUUGAUGUUUGGAUUGACGUACAACGUCGCUGGGUCUACCUCGAAGGAAUUUUCCUGUCGUCUCAAGACAUCAAGGCCCUCCUUCCAAUGGAAACCUCUAGAUUUCACUCCAUUUCGGCUGAAUUCCUCGGCCUCAUGAAACGCGUCUCCAAAUCUCCCAAGGUCCUCGAUGUACUCAACAUCCAAGGCGUGCAACGCAGUCUGGAAAGAUUGGCCGACCUGUUAGGAAAAAUCCAGAAGGCUCUUGGUGAAUACUUGGAACGGGAGAGGUCAUCCUUUCCUCGUUUCUACUUUGUCGGUGACGAAGAUUUGUUGGAAAUAAUUGGAAAUUCAAAGAAUAUUGCAAGACUGCAGAAACACUUUAAGAAAAUGUUUGCUGGGGUUAGUUCAGUCAUACUGAAUGAGGAUCAAUCUACAAUCAUGGGAAUUGCAUCGCGAGAGGGAGAAGUCGUAAUAUUUUUGAAUCCUGUGAUAGUCACGGAUCAGAAAGUUAAUGAAUGGUUAAGCGCGGUCGAGAGGGAAAUGCGUCUCUCGCUUGCAACUUCCCUAGCCAAAGCCGUCAACGAGGUGGCCCAGUUCAAUGAAAAGAUCGAUCCUAAACUAUUCAUGGAAUGGGUGGAUCGAUUCCCUGCUCAAUUAAUCAACCUGGCGGCACAAAUCUGGUGGUGUGACGGAGUCGAGGGUGCGAUCGGGACGAAGGGCAAGGUGGAAGGGGUAGUUAAAAGGGUGGAGGCGACGUUGACAGUUUUAGCGGAUUCAGUCCUCCAUGAACAGCCGGCGUUAAGAAGGAAGAAGUUGGAACAUUUGAUUAAUGAAUUUGUUCACAAGAGAACAGUCACUCGUCACUUGCUAACAAGUGGCGUCUCAAAUAAUAAAGCGUUCGAAUGGCUUCGUCAAAUGCGCUUCUACUUCGACCCGAAUCAGCCUGAUGUUCUAAAAAAGUUAAGCAUUCACAUGGCUGAUGCAAAGUUUAAUUAUGGGUUUGAAUAUCUCGGAGUUCAAGAGAAACUGGUGCAGACUCCGCUAACCGACAAGUGUUAUUUGACGAUGACACAGGCAUUGGAGGCGAGAUUGGGAGGUUCCCCGUUUGGACCGGCUGGGACGGGAAAGACGGAGUCAGUAAAGGCCCUUGGUCAUCAACUGGGACGUUUCGUUCUCGUGUUUAAUUGUGAUGAGACAUUCGAUUUUCAAGCGAUGGGGAGGAUUUUUGUUGGUCUUUGUCAAGUAGGGGCGUGGGGCUGUUUUGAUGAGUUUAAUCGACUAGAAGAACGCAUGUUGAGUGCUGUAAGUCAGCAGAUUCAGACGAUUCAAGAAGCCUUAAAGUCACAAAAAGAUGGUCAAAAGGAAGGAAUGCUGACUGUCGAACUGGUCGGAAAAUCUGUCAAAGUCUCCUGUGAAAUGGCAAUUUUCGUCACCAUGAAUCCUGGUUAUGCUGGUAGAUCUAAUCUGCCCGAUAAUUUGAAACAGCUCUUCCGUUCGCUGGCCAUGACCACGCCGGAUCGUCAACUUAUCGCGGAAGUCAUGUUAUUCAGCCAAGGUUUCAGAACUGCAGAAACCCUUGCGGCGAAAGUAGUUCCAUUCUUUAGACUUUGCGAACAGCAAUUAUCAGCCCAGUCUCACUAUGAUUUUGGACUUCGUGCCUUAAAGUCCGUGCUCGUCUCUGCCGGAAAUGUUAAACGUGACCGAAUCCAGCGAAUCAAGGAAACCUCUGUGCAAAGAGGGGAGACAAUCGAGGAAUCCAAAAUUGCAGAGAAUCUUCCCGAACAGGAAAUCCUUAUACAAUCGAUUUGCGAAACGAUGGUGCCAAAAUUGGUUGCGGAGGACAUUCCUCUCUUGUUUUCACUGUUAUCCGACGUCUUCCCUGGCAUCAAUUACACUCCAGCUCAAAUGGAUUCGCUAAAGGAGCAGAUUAGAGCCAUUUGCAAGGAAGAGUAUCUCGUUUCUGGAGAAAAUUCUUGGAUGGAGAAGCAAGGAGUGUACGGAAAGUCAUGGAUUGAGAAGGUCUUGCAACUAUACCAAAUUCAAUCUCUCUCUCAUGGAGUUAUGCUCGUUGGUAAUUCUGGAACUGGAAAAUCUACGGCAUGGCGAGUGCUUCUUCGCGCUCUGGAAAGAUUGGAAGGCGUAGAAGGAGUUUGUCACGUAAUUGACCCCAAAGCACUGUCUAAAGAGGCGUUGUACGGAUUUAUGGACCCAAAUACAAGAGAGUGGACCGAUGGAUUGUUUACUCACAUUUUAAGGAAAAUUAUUGACAAUGUCCGUGGAGAGAGAGGAAAACGGCAAUGGAUCGUAUUUGACGGAGAUGUCGACCCGGAAUGGGUUGAAAAUUUAAAUUCUGUUCUCGACGAUAACAAAUUGCUCACACUCCCGAACGGAGAACGAUUAGCACUUCCACCCAAUGUCAGAUUGCUCUUUGAAGUACAGGAUUUAAAACAUGCGACAUUGGCAACAGUCAGUAGAUGUGGCAUGGUCUGGUUUUCACACGACGUCCUCUCAACGGAAAUGUUGUUUCAUAAUUUUCUCUCUCGAUUGGAAAAUAUUUGCUUGGAUGAUUCCGAAGAGGGUGAAUAUUUCGGACAGAAAUCACGACCGGCUGAAACCCCACAAACAGAAGGAUUCGUCACACCGGCGCUAAAACUCCAGCGAGACAUCUCCUCACUGUUACAACCACUCUUUGUCACCGACGGACUAGUUGACAAGUGUCUCGAAUUUUCUUCGUCGUUGGAACACAUCAUGGACUUUACGAGAAUGAGAGCACUCUCGUCUCUAUUUUGCAUGAUGAAUGAGGCCGUGCGACAAAUUCACGGCUAUAAUGCCGGCCAUGUCGACUUCCCACUCGAAUCGGACGUUGUGGACAGAUUUAUGACAAAGAGUUUAGUCUACGGGAUGCUCUGGUCGUUCACGGGGGAUGCUAAACUGAAAACAAGACAUGAACUGGGCGAAUUUAUUCGAAGUACGACAACAAUCCCGUUGCCACCAGGGAAUGCUCAGAUGCCGAUUGUAGAUUACGAGGUGACGAUGCAAGGAGAAUGGUCUCCAUGGGCCGUGAAGGUGCCACGAACGGAUGUCGAGACACACAAAGUUGCCUCACCGGACGCCGUCGUCCCAACAGUGGACACAGUCCGGCACGAAUCUCUACUUGCAACGUGGUUGGCUGAACACAAACCGCUCGUGCUCUGUGGACCCCCAGGUUCUGGAAAGACUAUGACUUUGCUGUCGGCUCUGCGUGCCUUGCCGGACAUGGAAGUCGUCAGUUUGAAUUUCUCCUCCGCAACCACACCCGAGCUCUUACUAAAGACUUUUGACCAUUAUUGCGAGUAUAGGAAGACACCGAAUGGGAUCGUGUUGUCACCAGUUCAGUUGGGAAAGUGGCUAAUCUUAUUUUGCGACGAGAUAAAUUUGCCCGACAUGGACAAAUACGGAACUCAACGGGUCAUUUCAUUCCUUCGUCAAUUGGUCGAGCACGGCUGUUUCUUCAGAACCUCAGAUCACAGUAUUGUUCGCUUGGAGCGGAUUCAAUUUGUCGGCGCGUGCAAUCCACCCACUGAUCCGGGCAGAAAACCGCUAUCGCACCGAUUUUUGAGACACGUUCCAGUCGUAUAUGUUGAUUACCCAGGAGAAACUUCAUUAAAGCAGAUUUAUGGAACUUUCAAUCGAGCCAUGUUAAAAUUGGUCCCAUCCUUAAUGACCUACUCUGAACCUUUGACGAACGCCAUGGUCGAAUUCUUCCUUAAAUCUCAGGAGCGAUUCACUCAAGACAUGCAACCCCACUAUGUCUACUCUCCCCGAGAAAUGACCCGAUGGGUGCGAGGAAUUUAUGAAGCGAUUCGCCCCCUUGACGCACUAACAGUAGAAGGACUCGUCCGCCUUUGGGCACAUGAAGCCCUUCGUCUUUUCCAAGAUCGUUUGGUCUAUGACGACGAGCGUGCUUGGACUAAUGAAAAUAUUGAUACCGUCGCCCUCCGCCACUUUCCCACUAUCGAUCGGAACGAAGCCCUCCAGAGACCAAUCCUCUACUCCAACUGGCUCAGCAAGGACUACACGCCCGUGGAUCGGGAAAGGUUGAGAGAAUAUGUCCGAUUCCGGCUGCAAGUCUUUUACCAAGAAGAACUCGACGUCCCGCUCGUCCUCUUUGACGAAGUGUUGGAACAUGUACUCAGAAUGGAUCGAAUAUUCCGACAGCCCCAAGGACACUUGUUACUCAUUGGAGUGGCCGGCUCAGGGAAGACGACGCUGUCCAGAUUCGUGGCUUGGAUCAACGGGCUACAAGUCUUUCAAAUCAAAGUGCACAAUAAAUAUACGGGAAACGACUUUGAUGAGGAUUUGAGGUCGGUGUUGAGACGAUCAGGGUGUAAAGGAGAGAAGAUUUGUUUUAUUCUUGACGAGGCAAACGUCCUCCAGAGUUCCUUCCUCGAGCGGAUGAACACCCUCCUGGCAAACGGAGAGGUUCCUGGUCUUUUUGAAGGAGACGAGUUCACCACUCUCAUGACCCAAUGCAAAGAAGGGGCCGCCCGUGAGGGUCUCAUGCUCGACACGGUAGAAGAACUUUAUAAAUGGUUUGCUGGACAAGUCAUGCGAAAUUUGCACGUCGUCUUCACCAUGAAUCCCUCAGAACAAGGAUUGAAGGAUCGUGCCGCCACUUCGCCCGCCCUCUUCAAUCGCUGCGUCCUCGACUGGUUCGGUGACUGGACAAAUACGGCCCUCUUCCAAGUCGCGAAAGAACUCACAAUGAAGGUGGACCUUGAAAAUGGUGCAUGGAAGCUUCCGCUCGAAUUUCCCAUCGCAUUCGACGAGCUAAAUCCGGCCACGAUCAAUCAUAGAGACGCCGUAAUCAAUGGGUUUGUCUUUGUUCAUCUGACCCUCCACAAGGCUAACAGGAGGCUGGCCAAACGGGGCGGCACCACAAUGGCCAUCACACCCCGCCACUUCCUUGACUUUAUCAACCACUUCGUCAAGCUUUACAAUGAAAAGAGGUCUGACCUUGAGGAGCAACAACUCCACUUGAACAUUGGUCUUAACAAGAUCGCCGAAACGGUCGAACAAGUUGAAGAGAUGAAGAAGAGUUUGGAACUGAAAAAGAAGGAGUUGAAAGAAAAGGAUGAAAUGGCAAACAACAAAUUGAAAGAAAUGAUUUCUCAACAGCAACAAGCCGAACAGCGAAAAGUGCAGAGUAAGACGCUCCAAGCAAAUCUUGAGGUGCAGACGAAGGAAAUAUCUAAAAAGCAGGAGGACGUAACAAGAGACCUGGAGCAGGUCGAACCCGCCGUGCGAGACGCACAACAAGCCGUAUCUUCCAUCAAGAAACAACAAUUAGUCGAGGUGAGGUCUAUGGCAAAUCCUCCCGCCGUGGUAAAGUUGGCCUUAGAAUCGAUCUGCCUCCUCCUCGGAGAGAACGCCGCCGAUUGGAAAGCUAUAAGGACUGUCUUGAUGAAAGAGAAUUUCAUCUCCACCAUUGUCAACUUCCAGACAGAGUACAUCACAGACGACGUGCGUGAAAAGAUGCUCUCCAGAUAUGUAUCAAACCCGGAAUACACGUAUGAAAAAGUCAACCGGGCUUCCCUCGCAUGUGGACCUCUGGUCAAAUGGGCCAUUGCACAAAUCAGCUACUCGGACGUAUUAAGAAAGGUGGAACCUUUGCGCGAAGAAUUACGAAAUUUGGAAAGUGCAGCCUACACAAAUCAGACGGAAGCGAGACAAGUGCAGGAAGACAUUGAUCGAUUGGAGAAGCAAAUUACAAGCUACAAAGAAGACUAUGCUCGAUUGAUAGCACAAGCUCAGGCGAUCAAGUCCGAUUUGGAGAAUGUUCAGAGCAAAGUAGAACGUUCAAUGAGCCUUUUGAGGUCACUCGGCAUGGAAAAAGAUCGCUGGGAGGGAAGUUCAGAGGGAUUCAAGACUCAGAUGAAUACGAUUGUUGGGGAUACUCUUCUAUCGUCUGGAUUCCUAGCCUAUGCCGGGUACUUUGAUCAGCACUAUCGGCAAAACUUAUUUACGGCUUGGUCCGAACAUCUGGGGAAGGCAGCGAUAUCGUAUAGACAAGACAUGGCCCUCAGCGAGUAUCUCAGCCAUCCGGACGAGAGAUUGAGAUGGAAGGGGAACCUGCUACCCGAUGAUGAUCUCUGUACCGAGAAUGCCAUCAUGCUGAAAAGGUUCAAUCGCUACCCGCUGAUAAUUGACCCAUCCGGACAGGCGACAGAGUUUUUGGAGAGAGAGUAUGCUGACCGAAAGUUGACCAAGACGUCAUUCCUGGAUGAUUCCUUUAGGAAAAAUUUGGAGAGUGCUUUAAGAUUCGGAAACCCUUUGCUCGUUCAAGAUGUUGAGAGUUACGAUCCGAUAUUGAAUCCGGUACUGAAUAGGGAAGUGCGACGAACAGGGGGUCGUGUCCUCAUUUCUCUGGGAGAGCAGGAUAUCGACUUGUCGCCUAGUUUCGUCAUCUUUUUGUCCACGAGGGAUCCCACGGUCGAAUUUGCUCCAGAUGUGUGCUCGAGAGUGACCUUUGUGAACUUUACCGUCACACGAGCAUCCCUGCAGAGUCAGUGUCUGAACCAAGUCUUGCGAGCCGAGAGGCCAGACAUUGACCAGAAAAGAAGUGACCUGCUCAAGUUGCAGGGUGAGUUCCAAGUGAGGCUGAGACACCUAGAAAAGUCGCUCCUCGGAGCUUUGAACGAGGCGAAAGGAAAGAUUUUGGAUGAUGACAGUGUCAUUACGACGUUAGAGAACUUGAAGCAUGAAGCUGCCGAGAUUUCAAAGAAGGUUGAAGAGACAGACAUUGUGAUUCAAGAAAUUGACCAAGUUUCUCAACAAUACAUGCCUAUGGCGCAAGCAUGUUCCGCUAUUUACUUUAUGCUCGACAACAUGCACCAAAUGCACUUCUUGUACCAAUACUCCCUCCAGUUUUUCCUCGAUAUGUUCAACUCCGUGUUGAACGGUAACCCAAAACUCGGUUCUGUCAAGGACUACUCUGCCAGACUGGAUAUCAUCACCAAAGACUUGUUCACCGUCUGUUCUCAGCGAGUGACUCGAGGAAUGCUGCACGUGGAUCGCCUCCCCUUCGCCAUCCUGUUGGCAAGAAUUUAUACCAAAGGAAUUUUCGAAGGAGGGUUUCAGUCAUUUUUACGAUUCCGCGAAGGUGUUUUCCCACAAGGGAAGGGAACGCCAGCGUUGCCCUUCCUAUCUCAAGACCAGGCAGAAGGACUGUGUCGACUUCAAGCGAAGGUGGGAGCAUUUAAGAAUGUUUUGAAGAAGGUGGACUCUGCCGAGUUUAAGGACUGGGUGAGACAACCGACGCCAGAAAGUAAUGUGCCAACGUUGUGGGAUGAGGAGAAGGGGGGCGAGAAUGUGGAGGAGUUUACACAGACGGCGAAUCGACUACUCAUAAUUCAAGCCGUGAGACCAGAUCGGGUCGUCGCGAUGGGACAUAUUUUAGUCGACGAGGUGUUAGGGUCGGACUUUAUUCCACCAGAGGAUGUGAAUUUGUCCAGCAUCGUGGAGUCUGAAGUUACCUCGAGAACGCCAGUAUUACUCUGCUCGGCACCAGGUUUCGAUGCGAGUGGGAGGGUGGAUGAUUUGGCGGCACAAAAGAGCCAGACCCUGGUUAGCAUUGCAAUCGGAAGUGCAGAAGGGUUCACGCAAGCGGAUGGAGCGAUUGCUUCGGCAGUAAAGACUGGAAGGUGGGUGCUCUUAAAGAACGUACAUCUCGCUCCUCAAUGGCUCCUCCAGUUGGAAAAGAAGCUACACUCGUUACAACCUCAUCCACAAUUUCGACUAUUUUUGACGAUGGACAUCCAUCCCAAAAUCCCGGUUAAUCUCCUCCGUGCAGGAAGAGUAUUUGUCUUUGAACCACCGCCUGGAAUCAAAGCAAAUCUGCUUAGGACAUUUAACAACAUUCCGGCCUCGAGAAUGAUGAAAGCACCCAAUGAACGAGCCCGCCUCUACUUUCUUGUGGCGUGGUUUCACGCUGUGGUGCAGGAACGCCUACGCUAUGUUCCACUUGGAUGGGCAAAAUUUUACGAGUUUAACGAGGCUGACCUCCGUGUUGCGUGCGACACAUUGGACGCCUGGAUCGACUCGACGGCCAUGGGGAGGACAAAUCUUCCACCGGACAAGGUUCCCUGGGAUGCACUGAAAACUCUGCUGUCCGAGACUAUUUACGGUGGAAAGGUGGAUAAUGAAUUCGAUGCGAGACUACUCUCCUCAUUCGUACAUCGGUUGUUUACACCGAGGAGCUUUGAGCAGGAUUUUCUCCUCGUGGCAAAUGCAGAUGGUGGUGAUAUAUCGAUGCCCGAUGCGCUACGGAGGGAUCAGUUCAUGUCGUGGGCGAACACGUUGACUCAUCGCCAAACUCCAGCUUGGUUGGGGCUCCCCACUCACGCAGAAAAAGUCCUUCUGACCAGCCGUGGUGCAGAAAUGGCCUCGAAACUGUUAAAAAUGCAGCUAAUUGAAGAUGACGAAGAUCUCGGGAUGAGUAAGGAAUCCGUGGCUCAGGUCGGAAUCGAUGAAGGUCAUGUGGGUGCACCCGCCUGGAUGAGAACGCUCCACGUCUCUGCUGAGGAGUGGUUGAAAGUGUUGCCCGAAAAGUUGAACACGAUGAAGAGAACAGCGGAUAACAUCAAGAGACCAUUGUAUCGCUUUUACGAGAGAGAGAUCACCUCUGCAGCUAAAAUGUUGGAGGCGGUGAGGAGUGACUUGAUCGCAGUGAAGAUGAUUUGUCAGGGAGAGAAGAAGCAGACUUCCUACCACCGCAACUUAAUAUCCGAACUGGUCCGCGGCAUUAUUCCUGACAGUUGGAAAGGACGAUAUUCCAUCCCGAGGGGGUGUACAGUAAUCAACUGGAUUAACGAUUUAGCCUUGAGAAUUGAACAGUUUAUUGGGAUUUCCCAAACUGUCAAACAAAAGGGCGCUGAGCAAUUAGAGUCAAUUCCGGUGUGGUUGGGUGGUCUCAUAAUUCCGGAAGCCUACUUUACGGCAACGAGACAAUGCGUGGCUCAAGCAAACGGCUGGUCUGUAGAGGAGCUCGUUCUUGACGUCGUCAUUGGUGGGAAGAAGGGUCAGAAUUUUGUUCUCAACGGACUAAAACUUCAAGGAGCCGUAUGGAAGGAUGGCGGUCUCCAGCUCUCCGCCGACGUAUUGAGUGACCUUCCCGACGUUACGUUGACCUGGGUGAAACACGACCCCAAAGUUAAUCUCCAAGAGGGGAAGAUCCUCCUCCCCGUCUAUCUCAACUCCACCCGAGACGACUUGCUGUUCACGGUGGACAUGAAAAUGGUCAAGCAACAGGACAAGUAUAGCUUUUAUGAGAGGGGUGUCGCUAUCCUGGCCUCAACACUAACCUAACUAAUAAGUGCUUUAAUUAACUAAUUAUGCAACUAACCGCCGUUAUCAUCACUUGAGUACCUACUAAAUGUAAUAUGUACGUGUUUCAAUGUGGACUAAGUAAACUAAUAAUAAGUUAUGCUACUCGGUAAUUUUUUUGUUGGUUCCGGACUUGCUAUCUAUAAGUUUGCUAAUUAAAUUUAAUUAAAAAUGUAAUUGUUCUGCCGAUGUGAUGAUUUUGCAAAGUAUUUAUGCAAAAAUAAAAAAAUGCAAAACUA